AUGGCUGAAGAAAAUGACGCUUUCUAUGUUGUUAAAAAAGGGAAUCUUGUUGGCAUUUACAAGUCUUUGAGUGAUAUCCAACAUUUACUUUCAUCUUCCGUUUGUGGUGAGAGUGUUAGUGUUUAUAAAGGGUUUUGUUUACCUGAAGAAACUGAGGAGUAUCUUGUGUCACAUGGACUUAAAGGAGCUGCUUACUCUAUCAGUGCUGCUAAUGUUAAUGCUGGUAGUUUUGGAAAACUUGUUCCUUGUCCUUAUCAGGAUCCAUAUUCUUCUGGGGGAGGAGCUGUUACAGUGGAUUCCUCAUCAAAGAGCUUGCAAGGUGCAUUGCAAGUUGAUGAUAGUUGUCAUAUCUCUUCCAAGUUUGCAAAACGUUUAACUUUAAGAAGAGAUCAAUUUUCUUGUCAGAAUCCUAAUUCAAAUAGAGGAAAAACAAUUAUGGCGAAUUCCUCGUCACAGGCCAUGCAACUUAAUACUAAUAAGGGAGGUGGAUCAUUUUCAUUUUCCACAAAUGUGCAAAGGAGGCCUUGUAUAAGUGGAUUGCAACUACAAACAGAGUUGUCUACUAAUACUUGCAUUUCUUGUACACUUAACUUUGAUGGCGCAUCUAAAGGGAAUCCUGGACUUGCUGGUGCGGGAGCAAUUUUGAGAGCAGAUGAUGGAAGCAAGGUCUAUCGUUUGCGUGAAGGAGUUGGUACUGCUACGUGUAAUGUCGCUGAAUACAGAGCAUUGAUUUUAGGACUAAAACAAGCUCUCAAAAAAGGAUAUAAGCAUAUCUGUGUUAAAGGAGACUCCCUACUUGUUUGUAAUCAGAUUCAAGGUUUAUGGAAAAUAAAAAACGAGAAUAUGAGUUAUUUAUGCAAUGAGGCCAAAGAGCAUAAAAAUAAGUUUAUGUCAUUCAAGAUAAAUCAUAUUCCAAGGGAAUAUAACCGUGAUGCUGAUACUCAAGCAAACCGCGCCGUUAAUCUUAAAGAUGGUGAAGUUGAAGAAGAAUGUGAGAUGAAAUAA